UCUGCACGGAAGUCCUAGAGCCCAGCGAUGGAUUUCCCCGCGCUCAUCCUGUUCGCCUCCGUCGUGUCGGUUAACGCCGUAGCGCGCCGGACCUUGGUGUGGCAGGAGGUGGGAAGCUCGUCUUGCGUCCGAUGUUGCGAAAGCUCGGAGAAACCCGGCUACCCCCCGAACAGCAAAGUGAAGGAAUUCAUAUCGUACGCCGCGCCGCGGGUCCAGGCCCGCAUAGAUAUGACUAUUCUGAAAGGUUCCAAAGGCGAGAGAGGUGGAGGGGGAGAUCCAGGUUUGGCCGGAGAACCAGGAGACAAAGGACCUCAAGGACCUCCAGGAACGAAAGGUCAGAAGGGCCAAGCAGGAGUCCCCGGAAAUUCAUGCAAGCAUCAGUACUCCGCAUUCUCGGUGGCCCGUCGUAAAUCAAUGCACAGCGCCGAGUACUUCCAGCCUGUCACCUUCGACACGGAAUUUGUUAACCUGUACCAGCACUUCAACAUGUUCUCGGGGACGUUCGUGUGCUACGUCGCCGGGGUCUACUUCUUCAACCUGAACGUUCACACUUGGAACUUGAAGGAGACCUAUCUGCACAUGAUGAGGAACGACGAGGAGAUAGCCAUCCUGUACGCUCAGCCCAGCGACAGGAGCAUAAUGCAGAGCCAGAGCCUGAUGCUCGACCUGCAGGAGAAGGACGAGGUGUGGGUGAGGAUGUUCAAACGAGAACGAGAGAACGCCAUCUACAACGACGACUUUGACGUCUACAUCAUCUUCAACGGUUACCUGUUAAGACCAGCCAUAGAAUAAUGAUUGUUCGAGGGUCCGAAAGCUCGUUGCUACCAGUGGUACUCGUUUUUUAGCCUCCAGAAAAGUAGCUUGGGUAAUAAUGUUUUGGAGUAGAACAAUAUAACCAUUCCAUACAUUUUUUGUUUGUUUGCAUAAAGAAUUAUAACGUUAUUUUCUACUUAUACCGAGAACA